AAAUAGAAGAACCUCAAUGCAAGUGAUAUCAAUUACCUAGUUGUUGUUUCUGUGCAGCAUCUAUUGCCAUCUUCCUCCCAAAGUUUCCUAAACGUUCAGCAUACAUAUUCAUCUCUGCCACCACCACACUAUUAUCAGGACAUAAAGACGAGUUCUCAAGAAGAUUAAGAAGUCCAAAUGUAACCACCCUAUCAUCUGUCCAAUUAUCAUAAUACUUCAUAGCCGGAUUAAGAUAGUGAGCUACCAUAAACAAAUCACGGCUCAAGUGCUUAUCUCAUCUCCUAUUAAUGAUAUCCAUGUAUGGCUUGUACUUCUCUGCCUUAUCUCCACAAACAGUCAUAAUAACAUUUGACACCUCAAAGCAUAAUAUGUAGUACUUCCAUAAGCAGGACCAAGAGUCAUAGAAGCAUCCAAUGCUAUUUUAAAUUGUGGAGAUUUAAUUGCUUCUAAAGGAGCACAUGCAUCAUAGAACCAUCUAGCUAUUCCCGGUUGACUACCGGAAGAUGACCGUGGAGUAAAGAAAGUGUCAACCGAACCCGUAGACACAUUAUGAGCAAAUCUUCUAGCACUAUUACCAACAUCUUGUGCACUAGAAGAACUUGUAUCACGAGGUUCUUUAAAUCCAGCUUUGAUAACUUCAUAUUUCUUCUUAUUAGCUUCACAAUCAGUCAAAAGCUUUUGCAUGUUGUGGCUCACCUCAGGAGGAACCAUUGGGCAUAUUGCAUUAUCCCCACUAAUCCCAGCUAGAUGGUUUUUUCAUUCUAGUGAUUCCUCCACCUCAAAUUCUUUUUGACAAUAGAGACAAGUGAGUACCUCAACUUUUCCAUCCUGAUGAAGGGAACAAUGAGUCCAAGUUGGAUCACUUUUGCUUCGUAAACUCUUUGUGACAAACUUUCAAUGACUAGGGGCUGCUCCUUGAUCAACCAAUCGGGCUUCUUCUCCACUGGACAUUGCUGCCAAAACAUCUAAAAUUCUAAUAUGAAUAGAGGGCAUAAAUUGUUAUACAAUAUCAUCUCCAAAUACUAUCUAUUUUCCACCAAACAUUGUAAAAAAAAAAACUCAGCAGUAUACUUAAAAUAAGUCAAAAGCAUGAAACAUCCAAAAACUCGGUAGUAUCUAUUUUCUCCUUACCUAUGUCUCAUGUUCUUGAGCAGGGCCGACACAUUCUUGAGCAGCGGGGGAGGGAGACUCGAGCAGGCGGCGCGGAUGAGGAGGAGAAAAAGGAGCGGUAGAGUGGAGCAGAGCAGGGAUCAAUGUCAAUCGACAGUCACCAAUCGCCAAUCGCCUAUUGCCAGACAAGAAGAGAAGAGGAAUGGCGGAGCGGCGGUCGUGGGUUGCCUCUUUGAUUUCGCUGGUCGUGGGUCGCAACUCGCCAAUUGCGAGAGGAGAAGAGGAGGAGCGGCGGGCGGGGUUGAAAAAAAAAAAAAGAAACGAUGAAAGGAAAUUGCUCCCGAUUUUCGUUAGAGAUUAGGGUUUUUGCGUUUUUGGCCUUUGGCCGUUUUUUUUUAAAUGUAAGUGCCAAAACGAUGACGUUUUUCCUUCCAAUAAGCCUACCGCCGGUUAGACCAAAGCCGUGUAGCAUUUCCUUUUAUACCGGUUAAGCUGGAAAACCGGCCGACACGAUAUUCUAAUGCCAAGCAGCCUGCCAUAUCAUUCUUGGUCCGGUUUCCGGUUUUUUUGGUUGAACUCGCCGGUACGAUCCGGUUUCCUGGUCCAUGAGGCAACCUAGAUGAUCGACAAGUGCUUACUUAAGGAAAGUAUUCUAGUGCUAUAGUCAGUAAGGUUCUACAUAAUUUAAUUGGGUUAAUGCCACAUUUGAUCACUAGGAUUACUAAAUAGUGUCAUGUUUAGUCAGCAGAAAAAAUUAAUAUCAAUUCCGGUCAAUCAAAUUACUGAAGCAAGUCACAUUUAGUCACUCAAAUUACUGAAACAAGUCACAUUUAGUCACUCUCCGUUAGUCAAAGGUGGCAAUUACAUCUCGGUCGGGACAGGGGAAUGUCUGGAUCCUUUUCUCCCUUUUUCGUUUGUGUAGAAACUUUCCCGAAAAAGCAUAUUUGAGCAAACUCAAUUGCUCAGCUACAUCUCUGCUCUUGGGCGCCAGCUACUAUAGCACCCAACUACUCCUUGAAACCCUAAUUUUUGGAUGGUGGCUGUAGAGCUAGAGCGCAGCCGCGUAGAACCCUUCUUUGUCCGACUUGUUGGUUCCUCUAACACCUCGCAGAUUGCGAUCAACUUGAGCUUAGUGAGAGGAUCGUGCGCCUAGGCCAGAUUGAGACGACCGACUAAUUUAUCGAUAAGAGUGCAGGGGAUGAUCUGGAAGAAGAAGUCGAGGUAGGGGUUGCUGGUGGUGAGGAAGGUGGCGUAGCAUUGCCCGUUAGGCCCAUGGGUGGCUCACCGGUCAGUCCUAACGCCUCGGCCUUGACGACAAGGGGUUCGAAAAAAUUUUCAGAAGAAGGAACUUGAAUAGUGGUUUGGGGCUAAUCAUCGGAGAUCAUCGUUCUGUAGAUUGAUGGAGGGUCGAGAAUUUUCAUCGACGUCGUCAUGAUGGAUGCAGAUGGCGGUGGUGGGUCAAGACGACGGUGGUAGGUCCUUCGCGAUGAAGAAGAAAGGGUUUCGUGUCUUCAAUUUUAUUUUGUUAAGUAGGCUUGGGUUGGGUUCUGGGUCAGGUUGGGUUCAUGAGUUGGGUGUAUGACAUGGUGGGUUUAGUGGCAUGGCGGGUCGGGUUUGACCAUGUUUGACCCAAAAUGGCGAUGACUAGGCGCUCUCGUUAGCCAUGUCAGCACAUAGCGGACUCCAUUAACGGAGUUGGACGGAGACCAACUAAAUGUGACCUGUUUCACUAAUUUGAAUGACCAAAAUUGAUAUUAAUUUUUCUAGUGACUAAACAUGACCCUUUUAACAAUUCCAGUGACCAAAUGUGGCAUUAACCCGAAUUUCAUCUAACCUAUUUCUACAGUCGAGUAUAUUCUAGCCUCUCCUUUCGCCCUUUUUCUGAGCUACUUUUUUCGAGUAUAUUGCAUAACCUCUCCUUUUUAUUAAUUCAUUAAUAUCAGGUUACCUAGAAAGUUUCAGGCAGAUGAAAUUUGUUAUUGUUAUUUAAUUUAUUGUGCCAUAUUCCAUGCCCUUUCACUCCCCUUAAAACUUUCCUUUCUUCCUUAUUAAAACUUUCCUUUCUUCCUUAUCACUUGAAUCUUACAUAUAUAUGAUAAACUUUCGGUUGAACACAUUCUAAACCUUGAAGUAAAGGACUGAUUGAGUAGAUCAUGUCGAGAUCUUCACCAUGAAUGCCCCUCCAGGUAAAGCAUCUCAUAGCACACCAUUGAUAGAUAAGAUAGGAGAAUUAGAAUAUACUGAGAUAACCUCA